AUGGAGGGAGGUCAGAUGCAGAAGGUUAUGGUGAUCCAUGAUGUGUCAAAACAAUGUUGUUGGAGUGCAAUAAGAUGGGUUGUUAAUGAGGGUUUAUGUUUAAACCCUGGGGAUGAGCUUAUACUUCUCGGAGUUGUUCACCAUCUCAAUGAUCCUCCCACCUUGGAUUUCUUGGCAGCUGCUAAACAACUGGGAUAUGAGACCACAAUGACGAUUUCAGAUGCUAUGAGAGAAGAAGAAAUGGAUCAUAGGGAUAAGGAACAGAACUGGCCCUGUACAUAUGCGGAGAUGCUUGCCCUCUCUAAACAAUGCCAAGUUCAAAAGGUUAAGCUUGAGGUAGACGUACGUGUUGGGGUUUCGAGGAAGGUGGUUGCGGUGGAAAGCGCCAAGGAAUUGGAGGCUACUUUGGUAAUUUUAGACUGGGAGAUGAAGAAAGAGAAGAAGUACUUCAUGAAGAAGUUAAGAUGCGGCAUAUGGAAACUGAAAAGUAAUAAUACGGCGGAGCAAUUGAGAGCACCCAUCCAAUCAUUGGACUUCACCAAAACAUCCCCCACGCGCACCACCGCAAGCGCCGCCGCCUCCCAAAUGUCGUACAAUGAAAUGAUACCAUCCUCCCGAAAACUCUCUUCUUCUUCUCGACAAAUUGCCGCGAUAGCAGCAGCUUCAAUAAUCUCCAGUAGCGUUGAGAAAGAUGGAGGUGAAAACAAGAAGAAAACAGUUGAAGGAGAAAUGGAGGAGGAGAAUGUGGAAGAGAAGGAGAUGAGAUUAUUAUUUUCGAAUUCGAUUUGCUCAUUGUGCCAGAACAAGAGGCCGGCGGCUAAGCCAGGAGGAGGAGGGAAGAUAGAUUUCACAUAUACAGAGCUUCACGAGGCGACGGAUGGGUUUUUGAGGGACAACUUUUUAUCAGAAGGGGGGUUUGGUUGUGUUUACAAAGGGAAGUUGAAGAAUGGGGUGAAAAUAGCAGUGAAGCAGCACAAGAACAUGAUGAGCCUUCAGGGGGAGAGAGAGUUCAAAUCAGAGGUUGAUGUGCUCAGCAGAGCCACACAUGAGAAUCUGGUCAUGUUGUUGGGUUCAUGCUCUCAAGGGACUCAUAGGCUUCUGGUUUAUGAAUAUGUCUGCAAUGGCUCCCUAGAUGAUCAUCUCUCAAGUGAUGCUAUGAUACCUCUAAACUGGGAGCAGAGAUUGAAGAUAGCAGUGGGAGCUGCCAAAGGUUUAGAGUAUUUGCAUGCACAAAAUAUCAUACACAGAGAUAUUAGACCUAACAAUAUUCUCAUCACCCAUGAUCAUCAAUCUCUGCUAGGAGAUUUUGGGCUUGCAAGAGCAAGGAGCAAUAAUGACUCAAAUCACUUCUCAAAUGAGAGUGUAGUUGGGACAAUGGGAUAUGUUGCCCCUGAAUAUGCAGAGAGUGGCAAGCUUUCAACAAAAACAGAUGUUUACUCUUUUGGAGUCGUCUUAUUGCAGCUUAUAACUGGACUCACUAAUACUGACAAGCAUCUCAAAGGCAGGAGCCUCGUUGAAUGGGCAGUCCCACUUUUGGAGCAGAAGAAUUAUCCACGUCUUAUUGACACAAGGAUUGUUGAUUCUCAUGAUGUCCACCAACUGUUUGGUAUGGUGCAACUGGUGGAGGAAUGCUUGAGGAAGGAUCCCAACAAGAGGCCACCCAUGAAAUGUGUGGUUGAUACCUUGUCGGACAUUAUAGAAGGAAGCGCAAUCAGGCAGUGCUCUCAGUCAAAAACAUAUUCGUUUAGCAACGCAAUCGAUGCCAUUCAACCCCAAAAACACAAUAAUAAAGUCAAACAUACUAAUGAAAAUCAAAACUUAAUUAAUAACAACAAAUGUAAAUCAGAAAAAGCAUCCACCCUCGUCAAAGAACCCGAAAGAAAACAAUGUUCGGAGCGUGGCAUAGAGGUUAGAAAGGUUGGGUUUAAAAGCAGUGGAACAAAAUCUAUGCGCAAAAACAAGGUACUUUAUGAUGAGAUGAUUCUUUAA